AUGUCACAAAAUGAGGAUGGCUAUGACAAUACUGGUUAUAUUAAAACUCAUUCUUUUACAUCAAAAGAUAAUCUACAAACAAACAUUGAAGACGGACAAGGGAACCAUACUAAACAGAUGAUCGUAGUUGAUAGUACGAAAAUGAAAAAUUCAAAUAAGAAUAAUGACGUUGAUAAUCAAUUAAAUGAUGAUAGUGAAAAUGAUAAUGAAGGAUUUGAGGAGCUUGAAUUGAAGGGAAAUAGAAUUGGCUUACUAUUACUUAAAUGGAGAAAUAUGAUUUUAACAUUAGUUACAAAACACAAGACUGAGACUCGAUAUGGAGUAAUAACAUUGUUAUCGAUAUUAUUUAUUAUUUAUUUUGGAUUCGCUAUGUCGCCACGCUUUGGUACUCCACCAUUUCCAAUUCGAGGAAAUGUAUUUACGGGAAAUUCAGGUUUUGCAUUGUUUUUUCUUGUGAUACUUGUCCUAUUCGGUCUCAGUUGGGAAAAAUUUUUUGGCCGAUGUUGUGAACGGUUUUGUACACGUGCAUCACUAUUAUUCAAUAAAAAUGAGGUGUAUGUCUAUAUUAUGGAAAAAUAUCAUAAACUUUAUUGGAUGCCGAAUUUGUUGAUUAUUAUUGCUAUUGCUAUCUAUUUGGGACUCACUGUAAAAAAUAAAAGAAAUUAUGUUUCGUUGAGCGGUGUAAUUGUGUUAAUAGUUUUGGGAACAUUAGGCUCAAAAUAUCCACAUCGAGUAGUGGCAACGUUUGUUAUUCGAACCAGUAUUGGUUAUCAACUUUUUGAUUUCUUGGGCAAUGAAGUAUCAAAAUUUAUCGGUUAUGUUGACGUAGGUGCGGAAUUCGUCUAUGGUGAAAGUUUUAAAGAUCAUUAUUUUGUCUUUCGACUGACAUCGAUUAUUAUAUUUUUUGGAGCUGUUAUUAAUAUUCUAUAUUAUUGGGGUGCUAUGCAAUGGAUUAUUGCAAAAAUAGCUUGGCUAAUGCAACAUGUACUAAAUACAACAGCAGCUGAGUCAAUGAAUGCAGCUGCUAAUAUAUUCGUAGGAAUGAGUGAAGCACCAUUAAUGAUUAUGCCGUUACUUCCAAAUAUGACCAUUUCUGAACUUCAUGCAAUACUUGUUGGAGGCUUCGCGACAAUGGCUGGUAGUGUAUUGGCAACAUUUAUCUUGUUUGGUGUACCAGCAAAUCAUUUGAUUGCUGCAAGUGUCAUGGCAGCACCGGGAGCUCUCGGCUUUGCAAAACUAUUACUGCCAGAAACCCAUCAAUCGAAAACAACCUGGGAAUCAUUGAAAAAUGUCCAGUUGUCACAACAAUAUAAUGUGAUCGAUGCAUUGUUAACAGGAGCUGGUAACGCAUUGCGAAUAUGUGGAUACUUGAUUGCAAACUUAAUCGCUUUUAUAAGCGUUCUGAGAUUUCUUGAUGUUACAAUAUCGUGGUUGUUCGCACUUAUACAUCAUCCAGAAGUCAAUUUUCAGUACAUUCUUGGACUAUUAUUUUAUCCGUUUGCUGUUGUUAUUGGGAUACCUCUGCAUGAUUGUCUAGUGUCAUCGAAAUUAAUCGGUAUCAAAGUGGCACUAAAUGAAUUUAUCGCUUACCAAAAGCUUGGAGAGAUCCGAAUCCUUCGUGAAGCAUGGAUUAGUAACGGAACGUAUGAACUUUAUCGCAAUGGUACCUUGACGAUGCCCGACAACACCGUCAUGCUUUGGGAUCACAGUUCGAUUAUUAUACUCACCUACGCAUUGUGCGGCUUUGCAAAUAUUGCAUCUAUGGGAAUAUGUCUGGCUGUGUUGGGUACAUUUGCACCUCAAAGAAAAAGAGCUUUAGCAAAAAUUGCUCUUCGUGCUCUGAUAGGUAAAAAACAUACUGUAGAUUAUUGA